AUGCAGUGUCUCCUGGCUCUGUUGCUGGGGGUCCUGAGCUGGACUGGUAUGCCCAUAGGACCUAAGGCAUCAUGUGAGGUCAUUCAGCCUUCUGAACUCUCAGCCCCACUCCAUGGCUCUGUCACUAUCCCCUUUACAUUCUCCUUUCCCUGGGAGUUGAACCAGAAACCCAACAUAAGAAUUUGCUGGAUGCAGGCACACCUGUAUGGCAAAGUAAUUUACAACUCCAGUUCCCAACCCCACCCAUUUUUCUGGGGCCGGGUCUUCCUCAACUGGAAGCCUGAAGAGCAGAAAGGCUCCCUUCUCAUUCAGGACUUGAUGAAGGAGGAUGAAUUUCUAUAUUACUGCAUAGUCUCAGCUUCUACAAAGUACUAUGGAGUAAAGAGUAUAUCAAGCUUCCAAGGGACCCAGGUCAAGGUGACUGACGAGGGUGCGACACAUCACAAUGACAGAGCUCCCCUGGGUCCAGCCUCCGAGUUUUUCUCCAACUCCCUGAAAAAUCUCAUUGUGAUCUUAUGCUUCUGCCUCAUCCAUAAAAUUGGAGUCUGUGUGAUAAUAGAAAUGUUGGUGUUGCCUAAGGUCUUGGAUCAACCCCCUGGGAUCCCAGUCCAGGAUAGGUCAGCCCUGGCAUCCUAGGCAUGUGAAAAAAUGUUAUGGUGGCACAUCUCAGGACCAUUUCACAGUAUGCAGCCAUCUUCACAUUGAAACUCUUGGUUAGCUCCCUGGGGAAUAAGAUACUACAAGAAAUAAUGAUGGAGCAAUCCAGAGUGGGAGAUGGGAGUGAAACUUCAUCAGGCUGAGAGAUAUUCAGAAUAGUCUUGGGUUGUGCUGAGAAAUCUAGAGAAAUUUUAGAUGGGUUAUCAAGCUAUCUGGAGAGACCCCAAGUUCUUCAUCCUCAACUCCCAAGAGGCUCUAACAAGAGAGAGAGGAAGAAGUAAGCCCCUUGUCCUGGGGUUACCCUUACCUUCUGGGUCCUAGAACAGAUGCUCAAUAUUUGGGGGGUCAUGGAGAUGCCUGGCACUCUGAGGAACCCUUCUCAGAAUGUUUUUAAAUACAUAAGAGAAAAUGCCUAAGA